AGCUUGUCACUGCGCACGCGCGGGCGCCGCUGGGCUCCGGGCGCUGCGCGUGCGCGAGAGGUAUUGGGCUGCGAAGGGGAGCGGAGGCCGCGGCCUGUGCUGUGCUGUGUGUGUGUGUGUGGGUGUGUGUUCGGGUGUAAAAGCUGUUCGUGCGGGAAAAAGCACCAUUUGUUUUCCUCCUCCAGCUCGACAAUGGCGUCCACAGCGGCCGGAAAACAGCGGAUCCCCAAAGUGGCGAAGGUGAAAAAUAAAGCACCCGCCGAAUUACAAAUUACAGCGGAACAACUGCUGAGAGAAGCAAAAGAACGAGAGCUUGAGCUCCUUCCUCCACCUCCUACCCAGAAGAUCACUGAUGAAGAGGAACUAAAUGACUACAAGCUAAGAAAAAGAAAAACGUUUGAAGACAACAUACGGAAAAAUCGGACUGUUAUUAGUAACUGGAUAAAGUACGCACAAUGGGAGGAGAGCCUCAAAGAAAUACAACGAGCACGUUCGAUUUACGAGCGUGCUUUAGAUGUCGAUCACAGAAAUAUCACCCUCUGGUUGAAGUAUGCAGAGAUGGAAAUGAAGAACCGACAGAUUAAUCAUGCCCGCAACAUCUGGGAUCGAGCUGUUACCAUCCUGCCCAGGGUCAACCAGUUCUGGUAUAAAUACACAUACAUGGAAGAGAUGCUGGGAAAUGUUGCAGGUGGACGUCAGGUGUUCGAGCGCUGGAUGGAAUGGCACCCAGAGGAGCAAGCCUGGCACUCCUACAUCAACUUUGAACUCCGAUACAAGGAAGUUGAAAGAGCCAGGCUGGUUUAUGAGAAAUUUGUUACCAUCCACCCGGAUAUUAAGAACUGGAUUAAAUAUGCCCGAUUUGAAGAAAGGCACAGUUACAUUGGACAUUCACGGAAAGUAUAUGAAAGAGCAGUGGAGUUUUUUGGGGAAGACCACAUGGACGAACAGCUUUUUGUAGCAUUUGCAAGGUUCGAGGAGCACCAGAAAGAAUUUGAAAGAGUAAGGGUGAUUUACAAGUAUGCAUUGGACAGGAUUGCAAAGCAGCAAGCUCAAGAGCUCUUCAAAAACUACACAGUGUUUGAGAAGAAGUUUGGUGAUAGGAGAGGCAUUGAAGAUGUGAUCGUCAGCAAGAGGCGCUUUCAGUACGAAGAGGAAGUCAAGGCCAACCCACAUAAUUAUGAUGCCUGGUUUGACUACCUUCGACUCGUCGAAAGUGAUGCAGAUUCUGAUGCUGUGCGUGAAGUGUAUGAGAGAGCAAUAGCCAAUGUACCACCAAUUCAGGAAAAGAGGCACUGGAGGAGAUACAUUUACUUAUGGAUCAAUUAUGCCUUGUAUGAAGAGCUGGAGGCAAAGGAUCCAGAGAGGACCAGACAAGUGUAUCAAGCAUCUUUAGAACUUAUUCCCCACAAAAAGUUCACCUUUGCCAAAAUGUGGUUGUUAUAUGCACAGUUUGAAGUUCGACAGAAGAGUCUGGCUAUGGCCAGGAGAGCUUUGGGUACAGCAAUAGGGAAAUGUCCAAAAAACAAGCUGUUCAAAGGAUACAUUGAACUUGAACUCCAACUUCGUGAGUUUGACCGGUGCAGGAAACUCUAUGAAAAGUACCUCGAGUUCUCACCAGAGAAUUGCACCACGUGGAUUAAGUUUGCUGAGCUGGAGACCAUCCUUGGUGAUAUUGAACGUGCUCGUGCAAUAUAUGAACUGGCAAUCGGCCAACCAAGACUAGAUAUGCCAGAGGUUCUCUGGAAGUCCUAUAUCGACUUUGAAAUUGAACAGGAAGAAUAUGAAAGGACGAGAAAGCUUUACAGGUGCCUGCUUCAACGUACUCAGCAUGUUAAGGUGUGGAUCAGUUAUGUUCAAUUUGAACUCUCGGUGGAAGGCACAGACCGGUUAACCAGAUGCCGGCAGAUCUAUGAGGAUGCCAACAGAUCUCUGCGGAACUGUGAGGAGAAAGAAGAGCGACUCAUGUUCUUGGAGUCCUGGAAGGACUUUGAAGUAGAAUUUGGUACAGAGUCAUCGCAAGAAAGAGUUGAAAAACUCAUGCCAGAACGGGUGAAGAAGAGGCGAAAGCUGCAGGCAGAUGAUGGGACGGAUGCUGGUUGGGAAGAGUAUUAUGAUUACAUAUUCCCAGAGGACUCUGCAAAUCAGCCAAACCUCCGGUUGCUGGCUAUGGCCAAACUCUGGAAGAAACAACAGCAGGAUGACGAAGAGGAUGAGGAAGAACCAGACAAAGAUGCAGAUGAAACUGAAUCCUGAUGAGUGGACAACUAGAGCCACCUCGUCUCCCACAGCCCAGUUUACUGAGUUGGAAGCAUUUUUGCUUCAGAUUGCCCUCCCUUGCUGAUGGCUUCAGAUUUUUGUACAAUAUUUUCAAGUGUGAACUUUCAAGUUCUUAUUUUUGUGAACUCAUUAAAUACAUUUUUGUAACCACUGUA